AUGUCUUCGUCUUCACCAUCUACGACAGGGCCUUUUCGCAUUGUCGAACAUCAGGUACCAUGCCAGCAUAUCAGGGAAUAUCCCGGAGCCACAGCCAAUGAGCAGGAGGAUGUAUUGCAUUUGGCUGUGAAGCAAUACAUCCCCCUGGAUAACCCAGAUCCUCAACCUGGGGACGUCACUAUUCUCGCGACUCAUGCCAAUGGCUUUCCCAAGGAGCUCUAUGAACCACUCUGGGAGGAGAUUCACGCUCGCUCCAGGGCCAACGGAUUUCGCAUUCGGAGUAUCUGGAUGACAGAUGUGGCCCACCAAGGACAAAGCAGUGUACUUAAUGAAGAUCUCUUGGGAAACGACCCCAGCUGGUUUGAUCAUCCGCGGGAUCUCCUGCAUCUCGUCAAUGUCAAGCACAAAGAAAUGCCCCGUCCGAUUGUGGGAAUCGGUCAUAGCAUGGGCGGUGCGCAUCUGGCGCAGCUCUGUCUGAUGCACCCCCGGCUCAUUCACUCGCUAGUCCUGCUGGACCCCGUCAUCCAACGCCAGACCACACAACUCGAUCCUCUAUAUUUAGUCAAGGGCCAGCACGUCAUCGCUAAAACCACCCAACUCUCCACCUACCGCCGAGACCUAUGGCCAUCCCGCAAGGCGGCCGCGGACGGCUUCAAGAAGAACCCCUUCUACCAGACCUGGGAUCCCCGCGUCCUCGAUCGCUGGAUCAAGUACGGUCUGCGAGACCUCCCAACAGGCAUCUACCCGCUCAACGAAUCCGAGGCUCCCAAAGACGGUGACCGCCCAGUCACCCUCCGAACCACCCUGCAUCAGGAAGUCUUCACCUUCUCGCGCCCCAACUACGACGGGCCCCCGGGCAAAGACGUCCCCAUCAACAGGGUCACACAUCCCGAUCUCGACCCCACACACAUGGGCUCAUUCCCAUUCUACCGCCCCGAACCAUCCCGCAUCUUCGCUCAGAUCCAGCACCUCCGCCCCAGCGUCUUGUACGUCUUCGGCGGCAAGUCGGACAUGUGUCAUCCCGACAUGAUGGCCGACAAGAUGCAGAACACAGGCGCAGGCCUUGGUGGAAGCGGUGGUGCGGCAGCCGGACGCGUCCGCGACGUAUAUCUCGAGAAAUACGGACAUCUCCUGGCGCAAGAAGCGCCCAUUGAAUGCGGCGAGGCGACCAGCCAGUGGCUCGGUAAAGAACUACAGCGAUGGCGCAACGAGGAGCGAUUCUUCCGGGAGCAGUGGAGCAAGAAGUCGAAGGUUGAGAAAAUGACCAUCGACAAACGGUGGAAGGAACAUGUGCCAGCUCCCGUACGGCCUAAGAAGGAAUCGAAGGCCAAAUUAUAA